GCUUCCUUCUUUCACAAAGGCCGUUGAAGGUUGGCGGGGUCUGGGACCACGGCCCUGGGUGCCACAGCAGUGCCCGAGCAGAGCGGGCUCGGUCCCUGUCACGAAGGCAGAGAAGCUGCUUCUCUGGGCUCACGAGGCAGCUGUCCCAUGCUCUGCUGAGCACGAUGGGAAGCCCUCGGAGGGGACAAGCAGCUGCCCGCGGUGGCCUGGCUAGGAGGUGGCCGGGCUUGGACCUGCUGCGGCCCCAUCUGGCGGCAGGACCCUCGCGGAGCUCACAGCGACCCUGGCCCCGGCUUCUCAGUCUCCUUUGCUGGGCUUGAGCAAGAAGAUGGGGUGGAGGGGCACGAGACUCAGGCUAGAAGGAGGUGCCAUGCCUCCACGAGCCCUCCUGCUUCUGGUUUUGCUGGGCUCUGGCGGCGGCCUCCAGCUGUGGGAGACAUGGGAGGAGCCAGCCGAGGAGGCCCCGGGCUCCCUCCUUGCACGGGGCCGGAGGCAAGUGGAGGACGACCUAGAGCAGGACCUGUAUGAGUACGUUGGCACUGACCCGCCAGAAAUGCUGUUUACGAACGGCCCUGGGCCUGUGAACCUGACUUCCAAACUUCUGGCUGAGGUGGAUUCAGGAACUCCUGCAGCCACUCUGCAGGCAGCCACGGGGGCCUCUGUCGGCCUGGACGCAAGAGGGGUGGCCAUGGGGAAUGUGAGUGUGGAAGUGGCCACACGGGGGGUUCCUGUCACACUGGGCCCUCUGGACGAAGAGCAGGUCACCGCAUCGCCUCCCAUCAUGGGGGUUGCAUCCACAGAGGGGGCUCCAUCCACAGAGCUGGCCACUGUUGAGGCCCUGUCCACCAGGCCACCAGACACAGAGGCACUGACCACACAGCCUGUAGCCACAGAGGCCCUAUCCACGGGGCUGGCAGCCCCAGAGGCACUGACCACGCAACCUGCGGCCACAGAGGCCCUGUCCACGGGGCCGGCAGCCCCAGAGGCGCUGACCACGCAACCUGCGGCCACAGAGGCCCUGUCCACGGGGCCGGCAGCCCCAGAGGCGCUGACCACGCAACCUGCGGCCACAGAGGCCCUGUCCACGGGGCCGGCAGCCCCAGAGGCGCUGACCACGCAACCUGUGGCCACAGAGGCCCUGUCCACGGAGCCCACUGCCACAGAGGCCCUGCCCACAGAUCCUGCCACCAUGAAGGUCCCAUCUACAGGUCCUGCAACCACUUGGCACCCAACCAUGAUCCUGCUUGUGCACUCUGAUCCUCACAACAGCACUGCUGAGGCAGCAGGCAAUUCAUCUGAUGGCUUCAUCAAACAAUCUUCAAACGUGAAAGAUCAGCAGGGUCUCUCCCCCAAGAGCUCCGUGGCCCCCAGCGCCACGGAGGCCCCGGACCGCAUCCCGGUGAAGCAAUGCCUGCUGGCCAUCCUCAUCCUGGCCCUGGUGGCCACUGUCUUCCUUGUGUGCACCGUGGUGCUGGCCGUCCGCCUCUCUCGCAAGAGUCACAUGUACCCUGUGCGCAAUUAUUCCCCCACGGAGAUGGUCUGCAUCUCGUCCCUGCUGCCCGAUGGGGGCGAAGUGCCUGGAGCCAUGGCCAACGGGGACCUGCCCAAUGCCAAGAGCCAGGCCCCGAAGACGGGGACUGGGGAGGGCCGCGAUGGGGAUGACCUCACCUUGCAGAGUUUCCUCCCUUAACCCCCCACCCCCACUGCCGUCCACCUGAAUGGGAAGCUUGCCUCCUCGCUCCCUCCAAGGCCCGCUGAACCACCACUCAGCACCCAGGUACUGUUCCACGGGGCUGGGCUUCCUUGGGGCCCCCAGAGAGGGGGAUGCCCCACAGGACGGGGAGCAGAUGAACUGCAGCCGAAGCAGGACCGUGAGUGAGCCACCUCACCCUCCCUCCGGCCUCCAGGAGACCCAGGGAGAUCCCUCCACCUCCUGUCCCCCACCUGUCUGGGCUCCCUCUAAUGCCUUCCAUGGCUGGAGCCUCCUCCCCAAGCACCAGGGAGGACCCCACCCCCACGCCCAUUUUCUUCUGGUUGCUGUGGUCACCACGCAGGAAAGGGGUAUUUUGGGGGAGGAGUGCCAGAUUCUGAAGGCCAUUCCCUGUCGCUCUCCGACUUGGGGCAGCUUGGGUUUUCCUGGGCAUCUUCCCAGGGAGCCCAGCGUGAGAUCUUGGCCCGGGAGGGCUGGGACAGGCUUGGAGAGCCCAGGGCUGUACCCUUCUUUGGGGCUGUGUGGGUCAUCGAACUUCCUUUGGGGACAGAGUAACGCCUAGGCUGCUGUCUCUCCUCCGCAGAGUCUCAACGUUUCAGGGUGGGCUCUGUCUUGUUCACCGAAGUAUCCCACUCCCCAGCCCGCACCUGGGCCAGCACAAGCACUCAAUAAACACUUGAUGAACUACUGGUGGCUGACUGUUUCGGGGCAUCAAGGUGCCCCUUCUGCUGGGGCGCUGGUCCCUUGCUGUUUGCCCCCAGCCCCGGCCCUGGCCCCCUCCAGGAAGCCCUCCAUCUGGGCUUUAGGUUGACUUCAGUAUUGCCUCUUGGACACUGGGGCCAUCUUGGUACGUCCUUGGGCAGCUGGGGAAGAUUUGAAGCUGCUGGAGGGGUGGGGGAACUGGUCCCCAAAUCUACUUUAUUCAACUCCCCCCAUGACCCAGUUCUGGCGCACAGAAUUUGGUCCCCACCCCAACUCUGACAAAUGCUUCCUCUCAAUGUCAAUGCCAUCCUCUCCAGAAACCCACCCCAUCUGCCCCUCGGGGCGGGGAGAGGCCUGUCUCCCAUUUAACACCCACUCCUCACAAGGUUGAGCACAGCUGCGACCUACAAGGUUUUUGUACAAAAUUCGGGGCCGGCAAACUUUUUAAUGGCCAGACCGAAAAUAUGUUAUUUUUUGCAGGCCAUGUGGUCUCUGUUACAACCUGUCAGCUUCGUCCUUGGUCCUUGUCAAUUGAGUGUGGUCACUGAUGAUGCGUCACAAAUGAAUAGGGUUGUCUGAGUUCCAAUAAAACUUUAUUGACAAAUGA